AUGGCUUCAACUGAGAAUUUAAAUCGAAUCGAACCAACAUUUAUGUACACUCAAAUAUUCAAAGAAAUUCUUCUUGAUAUCGGUUACGAUGAUGAUCCUAUGCAGAACUUAGUCAAUUGUUGUCGCGAUGUUUUUUCCGGCAAUUUACUUGAAUUACAAAUAAUUCAAGAGUUCGAAAAUGAUUAUAUUUCAAAAAAAGCAAUAUGGUGUUAUACACGUGAAUGUUUCACGUACAAAAUGCUCAAUCAAGUAUUACGAAUUUUAAAUGCCUAUAUCAUCAUAAAUAUGGGCUUCUUUCUAUGUGAUGUGCAUCGACAAAUACAAGCUCUGUACGAAGAAAAUGUUAGUGCCUAUGAUGGCAAAUCUUUUGUGGUUGAUCGAGGACAAGGUCUUACGAAAUUAGAUUUCGAAAAACUCUAG